GUCUAUAAAAACGCCGUCGGCUGACAGUCGGACACUUUCCACGUCAGUUGGACGGUCGGCCGGACGGACGGACAGACGGACAGACGGACAGACGGACAGACGGACAGACGGACAGACUCUCCUGUAUCAGCCCUCAGUCAGGAUGUCCAUCACUAAGAUUCAUGCUCGGGAGAUUCUGGACUCCAGAGGAAACCCCACAGUGGAGGUGGACCUGUGGACGGCCAAGGGCCUCUUUAGGGCUGCCGUCCCCAGCGGAGCCUCCACCGGAGUCCACGAGGCCCUGGAGCUCCGUGAUGGAGACAAGAGCCGCUACCUGGGCAAAGGAACCAUCAAGGCUGUGGAGCACGUCAACAAGGACAUCGCUCCCAAGCUGAUCGAGAAGAACUUCAGCAUUGUCGAGCAGGAGAAGAUCGACAAGUUCAUGCUGGAGCUGGACGGAACUGAGAACAAAUCUCAGUUCGGUGCUAACGCCAUCCUUGGAGUGUCGCUGGCUGUCUGUAAAGCCGGAGCAGCAGAGAAGGGAGUUCCUCUUUACCGUCACAUUGCUGAUCUCGCCGGACAUAAAGACGUCAUCCUGCCUGUUCCAGCCUUCAACGUGAUCAACGGAGGUAGCCACGCUGGCAAUAAGCUGGCCAUGCAGGAGUUCAUGAUCCUGCCGGUUGGAGCCGCCAACUUCCACGAAGCCAUGAGGAUCGGAGCCGAGUGCUGUCGCUGUCUAUGUGUUCAGGUCUACCACAACCUGAAGAAUGUCAUCAAGGCCAAGUAUGGGAAGGACGCCACCAAUGUGGGAGAUGAGGGAGGCUUCGCCCCCAACAUCCUGGAAAACAACGAAGCUCUGGAGCUGCUGAAGACGGCAAUCGAGAAGGCCGGGUACCCCGACAAGAUCAUCAUCGGCAUGGAUGUGGCCGCCUCCGAGUUCUUCCGCAGUGGGAAGUACGAUCUGGACUUCAAGUCACCCGACGACCCGUCCAGACACAUCAGUGGAGAGCAGCUGGGAGAUCUGUACCGCAACUUCAUCAAGAACUACCCCGUUCAGUCCAUUGAGGAUCCCUUUGACCAGGACGACUGGGAGAACUGGUCCAAGUUCACCUCCUCUGUGGACAUCCAGAUCGUAGGAGAUGACCUGACGGUGACCAACCCCAAGAGGAUCCAGCAGGCGGUGGAAAAGAAGGCCUGCAACUGUCUGCUGCUCAAAGUCAACCAGAUCGGAUCAGUGACCGAGUCCAUCCAGGCGUGUAAGCUGGCUCAGAGCAGUGGUUGGGGUGUGAUGGUCAGCCAUCGUUCUGGAGAGACUGAGGACACCUUCAUCUCUGACCUGGUGGUCGGACUCUGCACUGGACAGAUUAAGACUGGCGCCCCCUGCAGGUCGGAGCGUUUGGCCAAAUACAAUCAGCUGAUGAGGAUCGAGGAGGAGCUGGGAGACAAGGCCAAGUUCGCCGGCAAAGACUACCGCCACCCGAAGAUCAACUAAGACCCCGCCCACCUUCCUGCCUGCCUACAAACUGACACCUGGCGACCCCUGAAGCCCCGCCCCUCCACAGCAGGGGCGGGGGGGAGGUCAGAGGUCACAGCGGGUCCGACCCGCCUCCUAAGCUGUAAUUCCAUGAACCAAGUUUUCUACAAACAGUGAAUAAAGAAUGAAACCACCUGA